AUGUCAGCUAAUUCAAUAAUUGAUAUUAAAAUAGAUCAUUUUGAUUUAGGAAUUGAUUAUUUAGCAACAACAGAUCUUGGUCCAUGCAUUGGCUUCGUUGUUCUAUUAGAUAAUAAUCAGCAUAUAUUUAUUGAACAUCGAAGUUCUGUAUACCUUCCAUCCUCAAUCAAUUUGGUAACUGUUCGUUUAUGUUUUCAAAAUGUUGCUAAACAUGUCUCUGACUUAUUACCAACAUCAAGCAUAACGUAA